AUGGUUUUUGAAAGAAGAAUUUGCUCAUUGGGGAAAACGCCGAUUCCAUCCUCUGACAAGGGAUCCGUGCAGAUUGUAUUGGCAGUACUGGAUCAGUAUGGCCAAGUCACUGGGGAGUCGACGAUUUACGAUAUAAGCGGAAGUGUUAGAAGAUCUGGCUCGGGAGAUGAUCUUUUACUUGAAAAGAUAAGGUUAGAGGAGUAUGGAGCUUGA